AUGGGCCGUGGAGUCGGCAGUGGUAGGGGACAAAGUUCUCUGGGUUAUCUAUUCGGGACCGAUGAGGCUCCCAAACCUGCUGCCGUAAAUUCUACACUUGCUUUUGCUAAUAGUAUUGCACCUGUUGAGAAUCCAUAUGGCUCAUCUCCUGCACCUGACGGUAGCAAGCAGACUCCAUCUGGCAUUCAAGACAACCCCACAAACAACCACUUCCGAGCAGAUUGGCCAGAUUACUGGCAAUUCAUCACGGUAUGA